CGCACUGCACAACAACAUGGAGCCGGAGAUGGAGGACAAAACGCUGGAGCUGAUGUGCUCUUUGCCUCGUUCUCUCUGGCUGGGUUGUUCCUCAGUGGCAGAGAGCCUGUGUGCUCUCAGGUGCCUGCAGAGCCUUCCUACCUCCCGGGCCCACAACCAGAACCUGACCGAGUCCCAGAAUCUUACCGAUGACCUCUCACCAAAGAAGACUACAGUUUUUAAGUUGGGAAACGGUACUCUGUCUGGCUCAAGGAAGAGAUUAUCACGUGGCACUUUUGAGAAGGAGAAGGAGAUGUGUAUCCAGAUGUUCGAGCAGUGGUCAGAAGUUGAUCAGGUGGAAUUUGUGGAACACCUCAUCUCGCGCAUGUGUCACUAUCAGCACGGCCACAUCAACUCUUACCUCAAACCCAUGUUACAAAGAGACUUUAUAACUGCUCUACCAGCACGGGGUCUGGAGCACAUAGCAGAGAACAUUCUUUCGUUCCUGGACGCUCGCUCUCUGUGCUCGGCCGAGCUUGUUUGUCGCGAAUGGCACCGAGUCAUCUCGGAGGGCAUGUUGUGGAAGAAGCUCAUUGAGAGGAUGGUGCGCACUGAUCCUUUGUGGAAAGGCCUUUCUGAGCGACAUCAGUGGGAAAAGUACUUGUUCAAGAACCGCACCAAUGAAGUCCCACCAAACUCAUAUUAUCACUCCCUCUAUCCUAAAAUUAUACAGGACAUUGAGACGAUUGAGGCAAACUGGCGGUGUGGCAGACAUAACCUGCAGAGAAUCCAGUGUCGAUCAGAGAACAGCAAAGGGGUUUACUGCCUACAGUACGAUGACGACAAGAUCAUCAGUGGCCUCAGAGACAACUCAAUCAAGAUCUGGGAUAAGCACACGCUAGACUGUCUGAAGAUCCUAACAGGUCACACCGGUUCAGUUCUGUGUCUGCAGUAUGAUGAGAGAGUGAUAGUGACCGGCUCCUCAGACUCAACUGUCAGGGUGUGGGAUGCAAACUCCGGCGAGGUUCUAAACACUCUAAUCCACCAUAACGAGGCAGUACUUCACCUGCGUUUCUGUAAUGGGCUAAUGGUAACAUGCUCUAAGGAUCGCUCAAUCGCAGUGUGGGACAUGGCAUCGGCCACUGACAUCAGUCUGCGCAGAGUACUCGUAGGCCAUCGGGCUGCCGUCAACGUUGUCGACUUUGAUGACAAAUACAUUGUUUCUGCUUCAGGAGACAGGACUAUAAAGGUGUGGAGCACCAGUACAUGUGAGUUUGUGCGAACGUUAAAUGGACACAAGCGAGGAAUUGCCUGUCUCCAGUACAGAGACAGAUUAGUGGUCAGCGGUUCAUCAGACAACACCAUACGGUUAUGGGAUAUUGAGUGUGGAGCAUGUCUGCGAGUCCUAGAGGGCCAUGAAGAGCUUGUACGUUGCAUUCGGUUUGACAACAAGAGGAUUGUCAGUGGUGCAUAUGAUGGGAAGAUUAAAGUGUGGGACCUACAAGCUGCUCUGGACCCACGAGCUCCAGCCAGCACGCUCUGCCUGCGCACGUUAGUGGAGCAUUCGGGUCGGGUGUUCCGUCUACAGUUUGAUGAGUUUCAGAUCAUCAGCAGUUCCCAUGACGACACUAUUCUUAUAUGGGACUUCCUAAAUGUUUCCCCCAAUGGCCAGUCAGAGGGACGAUCUCCUUCACGCACAUACACGUAUAUCUCUAGAUAGCAGGUGUCUCUGAUGUGUGCCAGUGUAUCUUGGGAAAGCUGAGAGCUGAUUGGCUACUGCCCUUGUCUGUUACAGAAAGGAGUCAGGGAACCGCCUUGUCUUUAUCGCUCCUGUCAGUAGAGAAACUUCUCCAGUAACACUCACUGUUAGCCACAAACACACACCAUUUCUCUGAGCCAAAAUGGAGUUACAAAUACAAACACAUAACACAAGUAGCACAAAGUUUUAACCGUUCUGCUUUAUAAUACUGCUUUAACUCAAUAGUCUCACCCACACAAACGGACAUUCAUAAGCUUAUAAAAGUAUAUAUUGCUGGAGUAUUGCUCAGAAACAAUAUAACAAAGGAAACUUAACUCGUGAAAUCUGCACUAACCAUGACUGCACACAAAGCACUGCGAAAAGACUGUUUUACCGGUCCUGCAGCUCUUCUGGAACUGUGUCUGGAUUAACUAUGAACAAAGAAUUAAUAUACUGAAGUGUUAGAGAAACGGACUCUUAUCGAACUUUCUAGUCAGAGUGAAGUGAAUGAACUAAUGGACAGACAGCAGAGUAACUCUCUCUGGCAUUAGACCGUUUUUCAGGACCAGGGACACACUCCCGUACUAACGCUGUGGAGAUCGACUGCUCUGUUUUGGCAGAACUCUGUCGGAUUUCUCGGCCUCUUAAUUUUGAGACUGUUAUUAUGCAUGUGAGACAGUGUGGAGUCCAUGUGUCCUUUAAAGCAGCUUCUCUUGAUUCUGCUCGAUUCUGAUUUUCUUUUACUUUCAUACUUUUUGUAUUUCUUUUUUUUUAUUUAUUUAAUUAAACUUCUUCUCCAUUGUUUGCUUGUGCUAGGCAUUGUACAGCUGGUCCACUCAGUGGUUAGUGUGUUUGUGUUCUAUCUUUAAAGCACCUGCUUGCUGUAUGAGGGCUGAUUUUAGAUGUAAUCCCAACUGUCUUGUCAAAUUGUGUUGUAUAUGAAAAUUACUAAUUAUUUUUUAAGAAAAAUACAUUUAUUGUGAAUAAAGUACAUGGCUGUGAUAAUGA